GCGACGCCGCGGACGCGUUUUUCGCCGCCGCCGUCGCCGCGACCAACCUCGAGCGCGCGCCGCCGCGCGCGCGGAACGCGCGCGGGAUGUCCGACGCCGCGUCCGCGAACGAUCUGAUCGAUGUCGUGGAUUGGCUCGACCGCGCGGAGGAGUUGUACGCGACGGUUCGUAUUCUCGAAUCGUCGCGACGGUUCGCGUCCGCGUCCGACGCGCCGUCUCGUUGCGCGCGUCUCGACCGCCUCGCGGCGGCGUUGAUCCGGCUCUCCGGUGCUGACGCGGUGAGCUCCCCGGUCGCGGGGACGUCCGCGCGCGCGAGGGAGAACGCGAGAUCGCGCGCGUUGGACGUCUUGGCCGAAAUUAAGGCGCUGGGGGAGGAUAAUUGUGGCGGUGGCGCGACGUCCAGAGCGAAGCGUUGGGCGCGACGGCUGGAUGGUGCGGCGAUAACCUUAUGAAAAACCAUACAACGCGAACACCCCUUAACGCGGUUGAUUUUGGCGAGAGAGUUGACACGUGUCGAUGUAAACGCGCAUGGAAACUUGAUUUCUCUACGAACACGUACCAGGAAAUUAAAUCCGCAGUUUAGGACACCUACGGCGGCCUCGGCGCCGCGCGGGCGUUUGCAUUGUCACGUGCUCCGGUGUCGGCGACCUUUACGAUGACGAGCUGCAUAAAUUUCAUUGUUACAUUGGAGCCACCGACACCUCCACACGCGCUAAGUCGCGACAUUACCUCACACGGACGGGAGCUCGCCUCUUCGACCAGUCGUCGCGCCGUCGCCGAGUUUUCGCGUCGAGAGUCUUCCGCGGUCCCCCUCUCUCCCGUCGUCGCCGUCGCCGUCAUCCUGUUUGCCCAUACGAACCCCUCCCACCUUCUUCACCGCGCCGACCGAGCCUCCGCCCGCAAACCCGAUGACCUCCACGUGCAAACCCCCGCCGCCGCGCGCUGUGCUCAGACCACCGACUUUGUGCAGAUCCGUGUCCUCGAACCGAACGCGCGCGGCGGUGGUCGCCGCGGGCUCGCGAAGCGUCAUCAACCCGUCUCGCGUCUCGAACGCGCGCUCGACGAACACGCCGUCCUCGUCUUUGAUCCACACCGUCCGUCCAGGGAGAUCGUCCGGGGCGUCCGUUCGAAGGGCCGUCACGACGACGGGGACAGGCCUUUCCGCGUCCGGCGCGUCCGGCGCAUCCGGCGCGAGCGACACGUUGAACUCAAUCUCGAGCGCUUUCCACCACGCGCCGACGAGCCCGCACCGACCGAAACGCACGUCCGACCCGGGACGGUUCCACCCCGUCUCCGUGAUCGCGGUUCUCUCCGCGCAGCGCAGCGCGCGCCCGAGCGCAGGAGGCGCGAACGACGCCGGGUUCGUCAGAUCUAGAAUGACGAGGACGUCCCCGGCGCGAAAGUCGUCCGGCUUCGCGUACUC